AUAUUUAUGAAAAUCUCAGUUUAGCUACUAGUGAGACGAGCGAUGAUGAUAGGGACAUCGAUUUUAAUGUAGUUGCUUUUUCGGAUAAAAGCUAUUCGUCCUCCUUGUCUACCGACAUUUAUGAUCAUGACGAUGAUGAUGGUGAUGAUGGCGAUGAUGGUGAUGGUGCUGAUGGUGAUAAUGGUCGCCAUAGAAUCGCAUGUAGCCAGAAUAGAGGAGAGUCCGUGAAUAUGAAAAGGACAUCUCAUCGAAAAAUUACGUUAGACACAUGGAAGUUACGCAUAAGGAUGAGAAAGAAAUUAAAAACAUCCUGCAAUUACCCAAAAAAGGCAAGGAAAGAAGGAAGUCGUUUCAGUCCUUCAGAAAUAAGACAAAUUUUGAUUUGUACAUAACUGGACAUGUCAGACCCAAAAGGCAAUGAAGUAAUGCCAUAUUGAGUGACACCGUAUUGAAAGGCUAUUUGCCGUGCAUAUACUGCAAAGGUACGUUUAAAAGAAGUUACAUCACACGCCACUCUGCUGUAUGCCGUACAAUUGGGUCGAGAACUUGUGAACCGCUUUCAGCGAACCACCGUGGAUGCAUAACUGACUCACAAACAUUAGUGGCUUGCUCAGUAGACCCCACCAAUGUCUUAUGUAGAUUAGAAGUCAAAGAACAGGUUUUCAAUAUCAUGAAAGGAGAUAAAAUAUCAUUCGUUGCGGAAAAAGAUUUAAUUAUCGCAGAGUUUGGAGAAACGUAUAUAAAAAAGCACAAGAAAGAAAGAAAGGAAUAUGCCUGCAGCAGUAGAAUGCGCAAACUUUCUCAGCUGUCGAUUGCCUAUCGUGAAAUUGUCCAUGAUGUCGAUGACAAGAUUUUUUUCAAAGAUCUAAUGAAAUCCAAAAAUAUGGACAAUAUUUUACAUUCCAUUCGAAGAAUUUCAGGAUAUGAUCCUUUGGAAAAAAACCUUCAAUGCCCCAAGCCUUGCGAUGCACAUGGGCACAUAUCUUAAAGAUUUAAGUGACCUUCUCAUAAGGCUCAUUUUAAAAGAAAGUACAGGGUUCACCUGUAAAACACCAGAAGAAACCCAGGAAUGGCUAGAGGAUGUGAGAAAUUUUAAAGUACUGAUCGAAACAUCGAAGAAUAUAGAAGUGUCUUCACUGGCAGGUAAAGAUUUGCAAGAAAAACGUUGGAGUAAGCCAUUACUUGUGCCACUGGUGAGUGAUAUAAAAAACUCAAAGACGAAACACUGAAAAUGGCCAAGGAAUGCGAAAGCAAGUUUCUUCAAUGUUUGGAUGAUGAUGUCUUGUAUAAAAAAUUCGUUCAUUGUGUUUUUUCGUUAAUAAUCCUCUUCAACUGAAGAAGAAUAGGGGAUGUGCAGUACCUCAUGGUAAAAAAUUAUGAAAUAGAAAGAAGAUCCGAUUUUAUCGACUACAAAGAAACACUAACGGAAACUGAAAACAUUUUAACGACAAAAUAUAAGAGAGUGCUAAAUGGCGGAAAGGGAUCCAGACCUGUGGUAAUUCUAGUGCCACCCGUAAUACAGAAGUUAAUGACAAUUCUGUUAGAUCAAAGAGAGAAAUAUAUUCGAACAGACAAUGAGUAUGUCUUUGCUCUGCCAAACAGCCGAAUCAAAUGGGGACAAGGUGAUGUAGCACUUCGCUUUCUCACAAAAGAAAUUGAUCUGCAAUAUCCGGAAGCAAUGACCAGCAAUAAGUUAAGAAAGCAGAUCGCUACAGUAGCUCAGCUCUUGAGCAUGUCCAAGGAAGAAAUGAAACAAUUUUCAAAGUUUAUGGGCCAUACCGAAAAAACGCAUGCUGAGUUUUAUGAGUUGCCAGUGGACAUUUACCAGACAGCAAAAGUGUCAAAGUUGCUCUUAACGAUGGAAAAAGGAUCAUUGCCUGUAGAACACCAAGGAAAAUCUUUAGCAGAAAUCGAUUUUGAUGCCGAUUUGGAGUACGCAGAUGAAAGCAAUGAAGAUCAUGUACAAAAAAGUAUGGCACCCCAAAACACGAAUGAUAAUUUAGAGUCAAAUGACGGAGCUCAUUACAGGAAGACUGAUCAUUGUAAUAAAGACUUCAACUUAGAAUAUUAUGAGAAUCUCGAUCGACCUGACGCCCAGUCUUGAAGAAGCCGAAAAUUAAAAGAAGCAGUUGGUUGACAAGUGAAUUGGAAUUAUUAAAUGAUCGCUUCAAAGGAUACAUAAAAAGCGGAAAGUAUCCAUCAUCCAAAGAAAUGUUAUCAUUCCUAAAAGACACAGGAAUUAAUAGACCCACAAAAAUCUUAAAAAUUGUUUUAGAUUUAAGUUUUUAGCAAUUAUUACAAUAUUCAAAAAAUAAGUUUGUACACAGAUUUUAAUAAGUCGUAUCCUUUUUAACAAAAUAGUUUGA